AUGGCACCGACAAAACAAGCAUCCCACCUCCCGACGCUCCUCCGCUCGCCGACCCACCCGAUUCUCCUCCGCACGAUGGAGCCCCGUGACGCCGCCGCCCUCUCGGCCGUGCUCUCGGACCCGGAAAACACAAAGUACGACCCGCACGCCUCGGCCAUCUCGCCCGAGGUCGCCCGGGUCGUCAUCGACCGCAUGCGCGAGAGCGCAGCGGUGCCAACCGUGCUCGACGACGCUACGGGGCGGGUCGCGAGCGGGCCGGGAAGAGUGAACCUUGUCAUCGUGUACGUCGACGGCGUGGAGAACACGGUCGGGGUCGAGGGGUGCGAGGGCGUUGUCGUCGGGCUCGGCGGGUUCGGCGGGAUUGACGAGCACGAGGAGGAGGUGGAGGAGAAAGACGGAGACGGGAAGGCGAUGAGGGUGAAGGUGAGGGUCGGCGACGUGGGCGCGAUGGUGAACCCCGGGUUCCGGGGCCGGGGCUUCGCGACGGAGGCGAUCCGGCUGGCGGUCGAGUGGGCCUUCACCCGCGUCGAGGACGGCGGGCCGCAGUUCGACCGGGUGACGGCGACGAUGGGCGAGGCGAACAAGGCGAUGGUCGGGCUCGUGGAGAGGAAGUUUGGGUGGAAGGGGGUCGCGAGGCCCGGCGAGGAGGAGGGCGGCGGAGAGAUCUUCUUCGAAGUCGGGCCGAGGGACUGGAAGAAGUGA